AUCAACAAGAUAGCUGCGGAGCGAAAUCAGCGAGCUCUCAUGGAGCUCGUCAGCCAGCCGGGGAAUGACUUGUGCGCUGAUUGCAAGAACCGGAACCCACGAUGGGCAUCAUACAACCUCGGCAUCUUCCUUUGUGUCGGCUGCGCGAGCAUUCACCGCAAGAUGGGUACACACAUAUCAAAGGUGAAGAGCUUGACCAUGGAUACUUGGACGAAGGAGCAAGUCGAGUUCAUGAGGUCUAUGGGAAAUUCCAAGUCUAAUGCGCACUACAACCCCGACGAGACGAAGCAUCCGCCACCUACGAACAUGAUUGAGUCGGAAAGGGACAGCGAUCUGGAGAAGUAUAUUCGGUCAAAGUACCAGUACAAGUCCUUCGUCACACGCUCCGCACAGGUUGCUGCGCUUCUGGGCCCCUCGAGGUCUGCAUCCGAUAGACUGUCUCCGGUGCCUCCGCGGUCAGCCACGAUGCCGCCGUCAGCCUCAUCGUCCUCGUCCGUAUCGCGACCAGCACCCGCGCCUGCGUUCCCUACAUCUUCGAGUUCGACCCCGUCCGCUGCUGUAGCUAACCAGUCGCAACCUCGCUCUGUAUCCCAACCCAUCGCUCCUCCGCAUCCUGCACCUCAGCCUAUUCAGAUGCCACAACAGCUCCCUCCACAGUCGACCACAUCACCGCCCCAGCAGUCGCACCAAUUGAGCAACCCCGUAUGGAAUGACCUCGCACAGCUGCAAGCUCCCGCUACAAAUUCGUCCCUUCCUCUACAGUUCGUAUCCUCUCCGGCAACACAAGCUAUCAACGUACCUCACCCUAGUAGCCUCUCCGUACCCAACCAAUUCUCCGGUCUCUCUGUCAGCCCGAACAACCACUUCCCCUCCUCCUUGACUCAGCAGCCCACGGGUGCUUUCCCUGGGGGCACACCACGGAGCAUGAGUCUCCACACCGGCUUGUCUAACAUGUCGUUGAGCGGCAUGAACUCAACCCUCGGGGUGCCGGGAACCUCUCCGUCCAUGUUCCAGCCCCAGUCCACCAUGGGCGGUGGACUCUCCGCUCCAUCAACCUUCCUUUCACAGAACACGAUUCCGUCUCCAUUCGCCGCGCCAUCUUCUCUUCCAUCCACGAAUCUCGGCAUUUCCCAACCCUCCUUCGCACCCUCAUCUUUCAGUCAGCCGAGUCAGCCCCUGUACACGCCUCAGCCGCAGGCGCAUCCGCAAGCAUCGCCGAUGUUCCAACCCCAACCUCUGGCACAGAUGCAAGGCUCGCCGAUGUUCCAGUCAUCGCCGCUCGGCCAGGCCCCGACUGGGAACCUAAACCCAAACCCGUAUGGGCUGAGCCCCAUGCAAGCCUCGCCACAGCCCGGCAUCACGCCCUUCAGCUCGCCACAGCCCCAAUUCGGAGGGUCGCCGUCUCCCGCCCCGUUCAUGCAGCAACCUCAG